CACAGUCAUGUGAUAGUUUACAGACCAGUAUGAUCUACAUUUACUGCACAUAACGAAAUGGUAGUUUCCUCAUAAUGUUUUACAGUAGAUUAUGCCUGUGAACCGAUAUAAAACGUUGCGGGUUAGUUUGAUUCUUGAUAUCACCGCGUGUAGACGCAGCAGAAAGACCGCGCCGUCCCGUUUCGCCCGGAAUAAACUCAUAGAACAACUACUUACGUAUGAUUAUUCUAUUAACAUUGCAACCUUCACAUUGAUAAAGCCUCCUUUUUUUUGAACAGUGAUGUUUGCUGAAGCAAACUGGGUAUGUCACGUGUUCGUCGCGUUGCUGAUAGCAAUACCAGCAAGCGGGACGCGAUACCAAGCGAACUGGGAGAGUUUGGACGCAAGACCGCUUCCUACGUGGUACGAUGAAGCCAAGUUCGGGAUUUUCGUCCACUGGGGGGUGUUCUCAGUCCCCGGGUUCGAGAGCGAGUGGUUCUGGUGGCAUUGGCAAGGCCAAAACCCACCUGAUCCAAAGUGUGUUACAUACAUGCUGCAUAACUACCCGCCCGGGUUCAGCUAUCCAGAUUUCGCGCCCCAGUUCCAUGCCCAGUUCUUUGACCCGGAUGACUGGGCUGACAUAUUCGAGGCUUCCGGUGCAAAGUAUGUGGUUCUGACAGCGAAGCACCAUGAAGGAUUCACUACCUGGCCCUCUUCCUACUCGUGGAACUGGAACUCUGUGGACACUGGACCACACAGAGACCUGGUGGGAGACCUGGCAGAGGCCGUACGCAACAGGUCGCUGCACUAUGGACUCUAUAACUCCCUGUAUGAAUGGUUCAACCCCCUCUACCUGGCAGACAAGAAAAACAACUUCACAACACAGGACUUUGUCUUAAAAAAACUGCUGCCUGAGCUUUAUGACAUGGUCCUAAGCUACAAGCCAGAGCUGAUCUGGUCCGAUGGGGACUGGGAAGCUCCUGACACCUACUGGAACUCAACAGAAUUCCUGGCCUGGCUCUACAACGACAGUCCUGUCAAGGUGAGCGAGGCUGAGGGAAGAUGCAAAAUGGAUGGUGUCCCAAAUGCUACCCUAUUCACUUUGAAGUGUCACUUUUGACCAGGUCCAAUAGGGAUAUGACAAAUGAUUGACAUUUGUUUUAACCAGUUUUUGUCUAGGUACUAGCUGAUGUCAUGACACGAAGUUAGAACUGUGUGUGUCACCUGACCUAUAUGUUAGUUAGGGGGUGGAGAUAGAACUGUGUCACCUGACCUAUAUGUUAGUUAGGGGGUGGAGAUAGAACUGUGUCACCUGACCUAUAUGUCAGUUAGGGGGUGGAGAUAGAACUGUGUCACCUGACCUAUAUGUCAGUUAGGGGGUGGAGAUAGAACUGUGUCACCUGACCUAUAUGGAACUCAACAGAAUUCCUGGCCUGGCUCUACAACGACAGUCCCGUUAAAGUGAGGACUUCCUACCCAACUGUGCAGACUAGGUCGUCGCGUCCCAUAUGCAACCC